AUGGGGGGACAUGUGGCCUUCCAGCACAUCGCCAAGAGGAAGCCCUGCCGGAUCCCAGGGAAAAGCUCCUGCGAGUGUUGGUCGAGCGUGGCAGGCAGCGGCAGCAGCUCGAGCGGCUGUUUCCUGUCCCGAUGUUCUGGGGCUGCGCCUCGUCCGCCUCGGCCGCUCGCCGACGGGGCUGCUGCUGCUGCUGCUGCUGCUGCUGCUGCUGCUGGCAGGCGGCCGAGCGCGGCCUCCCCUCGACGGCCCCGCGGCUGCUGCCUCCGCCUCCGCCUCCGCCUCCGCCCCGACGCCGCCGACGCCGUCCCGGUCCGAAGCCUGCCGCCGCCGCCGCCGCCGCCCUCCGCGCCGCCCGCCUUGCCCUCGCCGCGCGCCCCGGCCCCGGCCAUGGGGAGGCGCCGCCGGGCCCGGGAGCCGCCCGCCCGGCUGGUGCUGCUGGCGCUGGCCCUGGCCUCCGGCUCGGCGCUGCUGCUGGCCUCGCUCAGCCUCCUGCUGGCCGCCUGGCCCCGAUCCAGCGCCCGCGCCCUCCAGCAAGACGCCGCCGCCGCCGCCAUGCCGCAGCUGCCCGAAACCCGGCGUGCUCCAGGCCACACGGACUACAGAUCCCUUCGCCCCCCAGCCAGAAUGCUCUCUGGGGAGCUGCUGUCAGAGGAGGAUGCUGAGGAGGAACUGGACCCGGUGGUGCUCUCCACUGGUUGGAACAGCCAAGGGAAAUUCUUGCACCAUUUUGCCCAGCAGGGCGCUCUGCGGCAGCGAAGGCACGCUGGCAAAGAGAAGCGGUCCCGACCGCGCCGACCCAGCAAGGUCUCCGCAGCACAUUACGAAGUGCACCCCACAGAAGACCGAGCAGGGAUCCAGGCAGACGCCAAUGGGACCAUCCGUGGAUGGGUGGAAGCCAAACUCAACACCACGAACCCUCUGCGUUACGACAGCAGCCGUGGGGAAUUCACCGUGGCCAAGAGGGGCCUCUAUUACCUGUACUGCCAGGUGCAUUUCAACGACGGCAAAAUCGUCUACGUGAAGCUGGACGUGAUGUUGGACGGGGUGCUGGCCUUGCGCUGCUUGGAGGAGUUCCUCCCCACGAGCUCCGGCCCGCAGGUGCCUGAACUCCGGGUGUGCCAAGUGUCCGGCCUGGUCCUGCUCAGUCCCGAAGGCUCCAUCCGGCUCCAGACCAUCCCCAAAGUCCGCCUCAAGGCCGACCGCCACCUCACCUACUUCGGCCUCUUCCAACUUGUCCGGGGGCUCCGUGGAGCCUCGCCUGACCUUGCCGAAGAGGAAAGGCCGACCUGGCGAGGACGGCCGGCUAGCAGGGAGCAGGGAGCUUCACGACCGAGGCGGGGCCCGCGAAACCUGUCCCUCCCAACGGCGGCCUGGCUGGGUGCGGGGGCCUUGGCGGUGGGCUUCCUAGCCUGCCUGCUCACACUUAUCAGCAUCCACUACCGGCUGGAGCUGUUGUGCGGGGAGCUGUCGCAGCUGCGAGGCGAGCUGAUGGCCCAGAUGUCCGGCACGCCGGGGGACGGCCGAGGGACCCCCGAGCCACGCCAGAGGACUGGCAAUCCCCUGGUGACCCACACUGUGAAAGAAAAGCCUCGGGCCCCCCUGGAAAGAAGGAAGCGGGAGUUGGGGAAGACCUCUCCUGAGCCCCCACGGCCACGAAUUUCGCCUUCUCCCCCACCAGGGAAACAGUCCGUCCUUCAUUUGGUACCAGACCAUCAAUCCAAUAGCGACGAGGGAGACGCUACGGAAAUCUGGUGGAAGCCCUUUCUCCAGCAAGGCCGGGCCCUGGAGCCAAGCGGCCGGGACGUGGUGGUGAAGCACACGGGCCUCUACUUCGUGUACAGCCAGGUGCUGUUCAAUGACCCCACUUUUACCAUGGGGCAGAUGCUGCAGCGGACGGCACCGGGGCGGACGGAUCAAAUCCUGUUCCGCUGCAUCCAGAGCAUGCCCCCAGACCCAAAGAAAGCCUACAACAGCUGCUACAGCGGAGGGGUCUUCCACCUGCAGCACGGGGACCACUUGAACCUGCGAAUCCCGCGCUUCAACGCUUCGCUCGAUGUCAGUGCUGACGGGACCUUCCUGGGACUGCUCCGUCUAUAGGGGCGACCCGCUAAGUACCCUCGACACCCACUACGAAGGACACACGGGGUCAGGAGUGCCAGAGCACAGGUGUGGCUUCUGGUGGGACGGAACAGCUCUGGCCGCUGGCAGAACGCGGGCGAAAGACAGACCUCGUGCUCUUGUGGACCAGCGUUUUGUCGUGUAGUGGCAUUGCCCACAGAGCCCAGAUUCCUUCAUUCCCUAGCCAUUUGCAGUGGAAAGCGAGGUAAAGAGCUUCGGCCAAGCUGGACUCCAAAGGAAUUUCGGAUCCUUUUUCAAAAUCCCAGAUUCAUUCCUCGUGUGUAGUGAGACGCCUGCUUUUGAACCCAGCGAGAACUAAGACGCGACUAAUAUUUUAUUGUUUUAUUUACUAUAAUAAUUAAGUUUGCUCUUUCUCCCCACCAGUGGUUCCUGUGCCAUGAACAGCUGGAAAUCUAAAGGUGCACACUUAUCCUAGCCCAGAGAUGAAGAGAUUGAGACAGCUAUAUCAGUUGAAUUUUACCUGCCGCGCACUAGAACCAUAGAAUAGUAGAGUUGGAAGGGGCCUAUAAGGCCAUUUAGUCCAACCCCCAUGCUCAAGGCACAGAUCAUGUUCAUGGGGCAUUGAAUCUGCCCCGGGUUUCAGUCAGAGUUCCGACUGAAACCUGGAGCGGAUUCAACGACCCACGGGCAUUGGAGCCACAGACCGCCAGUGUUCUGUGGGGAAUAAAUAUGGUACCCCUGUACGCGCUAAAUGCCUCUAUCUUCGGAAGCAGUGCUCAAGGAUUCACACUGUCCUAUAACGAAAGUGGUGGAAUCAUUGCGUCCCCUUCCAGUUCGAAACAUCCUUCCACAGGCAAUCUCAAUCUUGGUAAAAUGCACGCUCUCUGUGUUUCCUACACCUGGUGUGACUAAUGCUUUAUGAUGCCGAGUCUCACAAAAAGCCCCAACUUUGAAGUGAAUAUCUUUUUUCAAGUUUAUGGUUUAAAUUGUGUUAAUAUUAUUUUUAUUAAAUGUUUCAUUGUAGACUUUCUUGUAGUCAAAGGUUUAUGAGCAGGGUGGUCUCUUUUUAAAAUAAACCAAAACCUGUGUUAAGUCUGGACUCUAUGGGUUGGAUGCAGAAUCUACGUAGACUCUGUUCAGACAACACAGUAAUCCCCACAGUGGUUAAGCAUUUUGAGCUAAUCGUCAUGGCUUAGUGUGUCACAUGAACCAUUCCUAACCAUGGUGGCUACAUAACCACGGUUUCAACAGGCUCUAACCAUUUGCUUAGGGUGACCCUAUGAAAAGGAGGACAGGGCUCCUGUAUCUUUAA